UUAUUUCCGGGUCAAACUCGCUUUUAACUUCAGAAACCAUAACAGUAUUCCGGUGCGUUCAAGUCCGAGUCGUCCCUCGACGCGUCGUCCCCGCCGACACAGUUUAAUUAACCGAUUAACCGUUCAACGGACUCGGCUCGGACAUGGCCGGCCUGCCGCCCGGAGACCCGCAGCUCGUCUCCAUGAUCGUCAGUCACCUGAAGACUCAGGGGCUCUUCGACCAGUUCCGGAGGGACUGCCUCGCAGACGUUGACACAAAGCCAGCUUACUUGAACCUGAAGCAAAGAGUGGACAACUUUGUCUCCAAUCACCUGUCAAACCACACAUGGAGUCCUCAUCUGAACAAGAACCAGCUGAGGAACAACAUCCGGCAACUCGUGCUGCAGUCCGGCAUGCUGGAGCAGGGAGUGGACAGGAUCGUGGCCCAAGUGGUGGAUCCCAAAGUCAACCAUCUCUUCCGGCCGCAGGUGGAGAGGGUGGUGCGUGAGUUCCUGUCACCCGGCAGCUACUCCGAGGAGCCCCCGCUGCCGCUUCCUUCGGCGGAGACCAAACCCGACGUGGGCGACCCCGAGCAAGCCUCAACGUCUGCUCCGGACGCCAUGUCCAUCCUGGACACCAUCACCUCCCUCAACCAGGAGGCCAGCGUCAGGGCCAGCUCGGACAGAGGACGCAGAGGCCCCGAUGAGGACGGCGAGAUGGACAUGAGUGUCGACGAGGACGGAGACGGCCUCCAUGACGGGAGGACGCUGGAGGAGGCCCAGGAGCCGGCGGCGGAGGUCCAGGCCUUAGAAGUGAAGACGGAGGACGCUCAGGAACACAUGGAUCUGGCCACAGAAGGGUCGGUGGAGGAGGUGAAGAUGGAAGAGGAGGAGUGUGGAGCGCAGGAGCAGACGGAGGAGGAGAGAGACAGCAAAACGACAGGAAAACCCACAGAGGAGAAGCACGACGACGACGACGAUGAUGAUGAUGUGCUGAGAUCUACGAGUCAGGCCAAGCAGAAAGACCGAGAGAGGAUAAAAGAAGAAUACCUCCUGGAGGACUCUGACCUGGACGGGCUGAGCGACAUCACCGUGAGCUCCGUCCACACCAGCGACUUGUCGUCGCUGGAGGAACAAAGUGAAGAUGACGAGCUGCUGUCGGACUCCUCUGAAGAGGGCGAACUUCAAUCAGACGAUCCAGACGAGGGAGCAAAGAACGAAGCCGGCGGCGACGCAGAGGAAGAAGAGCGCAAACCUCGGCGCAAGGCGUACGUCCACAAGCCCUUCCUCUACUCCCGUUACUAUAGCGACUCGGAUGAUGAGAUCACCGUGGAAGAGCGGCGCAGAAGUGCGGCGAAGGACAAGGAGGAGCGGCUGCUGAAGAGGCAGCAGAACCGGGAGCGGAUGGAGGAGAAGCGCAAACAGAAGGCGGCGCAGGCGGAGGAGCGCGACCAGAGGAAACAGAAAGGCGGGGCCUCUUUGGCUCUGGAGGCUCGCAAAGAGAGGAAGGUUCUGGAGAAGAAGAUGGCCCUCAACAGGAAGAGGAAGCUGGACUCCAGGAAGGACGGAGAUGCUUCCAGCAGAAAGAGAGGAGACGCAGACGGACCCAAGAAAGCGGAAGUGAAACCUGCAGCCGCCAAGCCCCCCCAACCCAAAUGCCUCCGAAUUCUGUCGGAGUCUGCGACUUGUGAAGAACGGCCCGGAAGGACGAGCGGCAGCUUCUCGGAGGACUCCGGCGAGCCCAAGAAGCUGUGCGACAAAAGCCGGACUCACUCGUUCAUCCUGGAGCUGGAGCAGGGCUCCCAAGAGGCUCUGAAGCAGCGCUCCGUGGGGAAGUUUGAUCGGUUCUCCCGUAAAGAACUUCACCUCAAAGAACGCAAGGAGAAGGAACGCAGCGUGUCGGACGAACGCGCCAGAGCCAAACAAAAGCAGGAGAAGAAAUGUGAACAUCAGGCAGAUGAAGCUCCGCAGAAGGACGCUGCUGCUGUUAAAGGGACCUCUGAAGAGAAGAAACUGAAGAUCAAAAGCGAGAAGAAAAUGGCUGGAACCACCAGAGAAGGAAAGUCGUCCUUGUCAGAAGGUGUCGCAGAUGAAGGUCCUAAAGACGCUUCGGUCAAGAAGUCCAGAUCUGCGUCUGUGGAGGCUGUCAAAGCAGACAAGGACAAAACUAGGGAGAAGGAGAAAGAUAAGAGCAAAGACAAGGAGAAGGCCAAAGGAGAGAGAACCUCAGCGAGAAGUGACUUGAAGCAGCUGCUGCGUGUGGAUUCCACCUGCUCCUCUGAGGACAUGGAGCCCGACAGCUCCAAGAAGAAAGAGAGACACCCCAAGGAGGUCCUGAAGAGGUCCAAGAGCCACGCCGAGGACCGGCCCAAAUCCAAAAGCGACAAUAAAGACGGCGAGAAGGAAAAGACAAAAGCAGAUCAAGACGGCCAGAAAUCCAUCAAGUGCAGCUCUGAAGUGGAGACAAAGAGGACAAAGACGGGCGAUAAAGCAAGAACCCUGGAACGAUCCAGGUCCAAAUCCAGAGAGGAGACAAAGACUCCAUUGACAAAGACUGAUAAUAAAGCUCAGAGCACCGGGGGGGGUCCCGCCUGCAAAGCGGAGAAGAAGAAGGAGGCCAAUGCAAAGGAGCCGAAGGGCUGCGAGGAGCCUCCGCAGGAGAAGAGCGAGCUCAAGAGUGGAAAGAAAAAAACGGAGAAGACGGAUAAAGUCCCAGAAAAGAAGGACGAGAGAACAGAAGAGACAAAGACGCCACCAGAGGACGCCCCGGGGAGGUCUUCGCUUUCCUCCCCCGAUGAAGAAGAGCAGCCGCAGGAAGGCCCCUUCCUCCAGGACGCCAGCACGGACUCCGACCCCCCCGCCGCCGACGUGCAGGGCGACGCCCCCCCCGAGCCGCCGGCCGACGCCCUGCUGGCUCUGAUGGACGUCUGCACCUCGGCGGGGGCCAGACUCCCCCCCGGGUCGACCCUGCAGGAGGCCGACCUGAAGAUGAAGGAGGCGGCUCUGACUCUGCUCUCCAUGGAUCCCGACAGCACCGUGUCCUCCGCCUUGGGCCACCCGGGGAACCAGGGCCCCCCAGGACGGACGGGACCCGAGCCAGAGGGGCCGCCUGCUGAUGAUGUCACAGCCUCCGAGGCGUCUCCAGGUGCGGCCGGGGAGGAGCCGACGGCUGCAGAUGUGUCUCAUUCUAAGAAAGAAACAGAUGUUGGGACGGAGGAAGCUGCUGAGAAGGAGGAACAGCAGCAGGAGAAGGAGGAGGAGGAGGAGGAGGAAGAUAAAAGUGCCCGUCCAGAGGGACACGUGGACGCAGCAGCCGGCCUACGAGCAGGAGGAACCGGGGAGGAACUCACCGCUGACGUCGCUCCCGAAGCCGCUGAACAAGAGCGACCCGAGCCGGACGUCAGAGACAGCGAGACGAGCCGAACAGUGACCUCCUGUCCAUCAUCCACUACUGCGGAGGAACAGGCCGAGGAGGACGAGGAGGACGGCACUGCAGGUGAAGCUGAGAGUGAACCAGUGGAGGAAGAAACGGAGGAGAGGAACCCACCAAGUGACGUUCAGAUGGAGCACGACAUCCUGCAGAAGACCGAGGAGGUCCGAGAACCCGAGAGUCGGUCCAAGCUGGUCCAACAAAUCAGUGACGUCUCCAGCGCAGACAGACAGGACGAGGAGACGGGGGCCGACAAGGAGGAGGAGCCGGAGGGACGAGGAGGACCAAGGCCUUCCUCAGCAGGAAGAGAACCUGCAGCUGAUGAGAAGGAAAAGAGAGAAUCCGCUGAGCAGAAAGCUGAGGAGACGUUUGAGGAGGACAGAAGCCCACGCAGGGGUGGAGCGUCCUUAAGCAGAGAGAGAGAGAGAGAGGAGGCUGAGACGGACCGACCGGAGGAACCAGAGGAACCGGAGGAGCCUCUGAGCGGCUCGGGGAGCCUUGCAGAAGGCCGAGGGGCCUCUGGAGAUGAUCAGAAGGAGGAGAUGGAGGAGAAGCAGGAGAUGAAGGUCGAGGAGGUGGAGGUGGAGGAGGUGAAGGUGGAGGAGGUGAAGAUGGUGGAGGUGAAGGAGAAGCACGAGAUGGAGGAGAUGGUGGAGAAGCACGAGAUGGUGGAGAAGGAAGAGGAAAAUGACGCAAUGCUGGAGAAGCACGAGAUGGUGGAGGAGGAGAAGGAGGCAAUGGUGGAGAAGCACGAGAUGGUGGAGGAGGAGAAGGAGGUAAUGGUGGAGAAAGACGAGAUGAUGGAGAAGGAGGAGAAGCAAGAAAUGGUGGUGCAGAAGGACAUCGUACAGGAGGCAGAGAAGCAGGAAAUAGUGGAGAAGGAGGAGAAGCAGAAGAUGGUGGAGAAGGAGAAGGACGAGAUGGUGGAGGAGGAGGAGAAGCAAGAAAUGGUGGUGCAGAAGGACAUCGUGAAGGAGGCAGAGAAGCAGGAAAUAGUGGAGAAGGAGGAGAAGCAGAAGAUGGUGGAGAAGGAGAAGGACGAGAUGGUGGAGGAGGAGGAGAAGCAAGAAAUGGUGGUGCAGAAGGACAUCGUGAAGGAGGCAGAGAAGCAGGAAAUAGUGGAGAAGGAGGAGAAGCAGAAGAUGGUGGAGAAGGAGAAGGACGAGAUGGUGGAGGAGGAGGAGAAGCAAGAAAUGGUGGUGCAGAAGGACAUCGUGAAGGAGGCAGAGAAGCAGGAAAUAGUGGAGAAGGAGGAGAAGCAGAAGAUGGUGGAGAAGCUGGGAAUGGAGAAGCAGGAGAUGGAGAAGGAGGAGAUGGUGGAGAAGGAGGAGAUGGUGGAGAAGGAGGAGAUGGUGGAGAUGGAGAAGGAGGAGAUGGAGAAGCAGGAGAAGGAGAGCAGCGGCAGAGAGGAGAACAAUGAGGAGGAAGGAGGACCAGAGGAAUCUGCAGGAGGAGGAGGUUCAGUCGACCUUCGGUCUGAAGCUGCAGGAGGCUCCGACACACGUAAACCAGCGAUGAAGAGGAGGAGAUCGGAGGAGGCUGGAGAGGAAGUGAGGAAGAACAUCCGUCCAGAGGAACCUCGUGUGGAGCAACCUGCUGCUGAUCAAAAGGACAAAAGGGCACAAGGAGGUGAGCAGAAUGACGAUGAGGAGGACGAGGGGGAGAAAGAGGAGGAAGAAAAGGCAGCCGCGACCAGAGCGACGACUCGAGCAGCGUCUCGUCUGGAGGCCGAGAGAAACAAGCCCAGUAAACCGUCCACUCGAGCCAGCCGGCAGGGCGGCAGGGACGAGGCCGCCGGCGCCGCGCGUGGGACGAGGGGCCAGGCGGCCAGGGGGGGCCGUAAGCGGGAGGCCAGCCCCCCCGCGGGGCGAACACGGGGUGGACAGAAGCCAGAGGAGCCCCCCUCCAAGCGAGCCAAGCGCUAGGACCUCCGACUCGCCAGCUGUGCAGCGGGGGCGGGGUCUGCACAGGAAGCUGUUUGUGAUUCACUUACUGCAGAUAUCCAGACGCUCUGCGUGGUCUCAUGUUCUCCUGCACUACGCGUGCUUCUGUUUGUUCAGCACCGCUCCACCAAUCAGAGUCCAGCGUGAUCAGAGGUCAAAGUUCAUAUUAAAGUCUCGGCUCCAAAUGUUCAUUCUGUGAAUGAAAGGAGUUUUUAUUCAUAAUAACCGUAGUGUUGAUUUGUGUUGUUUCUAUUGAUCAAUACAAAGGUGUUCACUAUCUCGCCUGUUGAUGUAAAGACGUUUUUUACAUAAAUAUAAAAAUACUAAAUAUUG